UCAGACCGCCUCAUGAUUCGGAGGUCUUGUGCGCACUUCCCAGCGUCCAMGCGCAUUUUCCGUUUAGAUUCAGACACAGCUCUGCUUGUGGUUGGUCACAGUUGCUCUGUCGGUUGUCGCCACGUUCGUCUGUUUUAACCAAAAAGGUAACGUGAAGGGGAUUUUCUUCCGAGGUGCUAUUGUAUUUUAACACAGACUGUAGCAUGUCCGUAGCUGCAUUUGACUGCAGCCUUUGUAACCACGGUGUUUAGGACCCCGCGGACACCUAGCAGGGCGGAGGACCAAGCGGAGAUAGGUAACAUUAACCUCAGAGGACUGAUCAGAGGUCGGUUUGGAAAGCUGCCCGCUAACGCUAAUGGUUCCGCAAAGUCCUGCGGAAGCUGACCCGUAUUCAGUUGACCCAAAAACAAUUCGCUACGCACUUUUACGGCGACGAGAGCGGAUAAACAGAGGCGGCUAGCAAACAACUAGUUGACCCUAUCCGUCGUUUUGUUAUGAAGCUAAAGUUUUGGACUUUAUCCUUAAGCCCUUCCGAGCUAUCAAAAUGGCCACUGAUCAGUGUUUGGGCUAGCUGCGCCGCGCCGCUUCGAUGCGGCCAGACCCGACAUUCCUCGCAGUCUGCGGCGUAAACGUCUCCAUUCAACUCCGAUUGGUAGGGGUCACGCUAUAAACCGGAGCAGCUAUGCAGUCCAACACGACGCGGGGCUUCUUGUGGUCGGACAUAGAGACCAGGACCCUGCUGAACAUCUGGGGGGAGCAGGACAUCCAGACGGCGCUGGACGGAAACUUCCGAAACAGCUUCGUCUACCGAGACGUUUCCCGCAGGCUGGGGGCCAUGGGCUUCGAGCGGACCCCGGAGCAAUGCAGGGUCCGCAUCAAGAGCCUCAAGAGGCAGUACCUGCUAGCAAAGGAGGGCAACCUGCGAAACAACGGGCAGUACCACAAGAUCUGCAAGUUUUAUGACAUCAUGGAGGGUAUUUUGAGCAACCGGACGGUUCUGGACCCGCAGGAGCUGAUGGACAGCGGGGUCGGAGGGGAGGAGGCCGGAGAUGGGCUGGAGGAGGAUGGAGAGGAUGCUCAGGAUAGAUACUCUGAGAGCACAGGAGAGUGUCCCUAUCCUGCUGAGACUGAAGUCAAGCUGGAAUACCCUGCUGUCCCCAUCCCCAUCCCAGUUAAAGUCACAGUUGGCAAUAACAGCACCUCUGCAAAUCCGCCGAACAGUUGCAAAGUAGCUGGCAAUUUGCCGGCCAGACCGCCUAAGCGGCCCAGAAAGCGGCGUUCCAACUUCCCCAUGGAGAAGCUAAUGGAGCAGUUCCUGGAGCAGAGCGCUCAGGCCGAGGAGAACUUCUACCGCGUGGAAGAGCAGCGCCUGCAGGCGGAGGACCGGCGCCGAGAAGCGGAGCACGCCCGAGAGCUGCACAUGCUGCAGAUGUUGGCRCAGGUGUUCUCCUCAGGCAGACCCUCGUCGUCCUCGUCCGCUCCCCCCAAGCCGUCCCCUCCGGCCCGACCUCCGGUCAUCUCCAGCACUCCCCCGUCGCAGCACACCCGCGGCCCGCCGGGGCUCCUSAAGCGCCCCGCGUCCCAGACGGACUCUUUCAGCCAGCCUCCGGGCUCAGAUCCUCAGGCUUUAGGUGUCAGGUGUGGCGGCGUGUGUGAAGAGAAACUAAAAGGCGGCGCAGUGCUUGAGCGAUACUACAGCUUGGGCUCCUCAUCACUCGGAGGCAUGGAUGACGACAUCGUCUCGCUAGUAAAGAGUAUUGUUCCUCCACUCACCUCCAAGAAGCACAAAGGACAAGACGGCCGUAUUGGGAUCAUCGGGGGAUGCAAAGAUUAUACUGGAGCUCCAUACUUUGCUGCUAUCUCUGCACUGAAAGUGGGGGGUGACCUGUCGCAUGUGUUCUGCACCAAAGAUGCUGCUACGGUGAUAAAAUCCUACAGCCCUGAGCUCAUAGUGCACCCUGUUCUGGACAGUCCCAAUGCUGUGGAGGAAAUAGAAAAGUGGCUCCCGAGACUCCAUGGCCUUGUUGUGGGACCAGGUCUGGGCAGGGAAGACUUCUUACUGAAAACGGCCAAGGAAGUGAUUGAGAGGUCUAAAGCCAGGGAUAUUCCAAUAGUCAUUGAUGCAGACGGACUGUGGCUCGUCACACACCAGCCAUCGGUCAUUCAAGGCUACCAGAAGGGCAUCCUAACUCCUAACUUCAUGGAGUUCACCAGACUGUUUGAGGCACUUCACCACGAGCCCAUGAACAGCAGCGACCACCAGCGCAGCGUCAUGCAGCUCAGCGCAGCUAUGGGCAACCUCACCUUGGUGCUAAAGGGGGAGCAGGAUCUCAUCUCAGACGGCAGUAAAGUCUACUCAUGCAGUGUUGAGGGCAGCGGGAGAAGAUGUGGAGGACAAGGAGAUCUCCUGUCUGGAUCGAUGGGAGUCAUGGCGCACUGGGCUCAUGCUGCUUCAACAGCAGGACUGAUCAGAGGUAUUAACCCAUCGGUGGUCGCAGCGUUCGGCGCCUGCUCGCUGACCAGACAGUGCAACAAUCAGGCGUUUCAGCGGCACGGCAGGUCCACCACCACCUCAGACAUGAUCCAGGAGAUUAGUCCGGCCUUCAGGAAGCUGUUUGAAAACUGAAACAAUCAAACAACCAGGAAAUAUCACAAAUACUUAGUCUUAAAAUUAGCUUUCUUCAGCGAUGCUUUAAGGGAGUGGGUGGGAGUUUGGUGGAGGAAUAUACUGUACAUGAUCACAUUGUUUUAAAUGUUUUGAAUAAACCAGAAGUAAAAUUCGA